AAUACACCGAGCAUCUUUGCAUUGCGCCUUCUGGCAGAUCUGACUACAGCGCUUACGCAUGCUGCUGUAAAGCACGGCAACCAUCCAUCCAUUCUGCGAACAUAACCAGUGCAUAGUACCAGUCGAUGGGAGAGGCACAUGUGCAAAAAGAAUUUUGCCUUGGGCUACAUUUUAACGGGCGCAAAGCUUCGGCAUCCUUACGUCGUUGCCCUUACAUACGUGCCUCGGAGUGAAGUCUUUGCACAUCUUACUAAUAGAGCUAAAUGUUGCAUUUCACUUGAGAACAACCCUUAUCAUUCGCCACGCCUAAGCGCAAUCUGGAUGUUGGACGGCCAUCUGGCGCGCAGCACCACCAGCGCAGCCGCAGCCGGCGCCAAAGCCCUAGUAGCAACACAUCCUUCGGCCAGCCUAACAGCUUGGAGGACAACGGCCCGACCCUUUUGGCUGCGAACCCUUUUCCGGCUGUCGCCACGGUCAUCCAUCUGCAACACGCCAUCACUCCUGUCGUCACAGGCGGCUCCUGCUGCCUCAAGACGUGCCUCAUUUGCCUCUGUACCUGUGUUGUCAGCAACUGCAGUGCCAGCAACGGCCGGUUGGGUGACCCAAGCAGGAAGAAGGAUAUUCACAACCGCCACCACCACCGCCGCUGCCGCAGCCGGAGGAGGAGCACGGUCCCCAGCAACAGCAACUGAGGCGACUGACAAAGCCGCUGCCGCUGCUGUUGCUGCUGCGACAAUGGAUGCCUCUUUGUUGGCGAAAUUUGGCUUGGGAGACGCGCACUGCCACCCGCAGGACGACCCCGUCGACUGCGCCCCCAAGGUGCUGUCGCUGUCCGCCCCGCUGCUUGCGGUGAUGGGUACCCGCUGGGACGACUGGGGCGCGGUGCAGGCGCUGGCGGAGGGGGCAGCGGACAAGGUCAUUCCCUGCUUCGGAGUGCACCCCUGGUUCGCCCACCGCCAUGCCCUCUCUCCCACCACCUCUCCCACCUCUCCCACCUCCCCCACCUCCCCCACCUCCCCCACCUCCCCCACCUCCGCCCCCUACCUCCUGCUGGAUUGCCCCCCCAACGGCCGGGACCACCCCGACCGCCACCCCCACCUGCUGGCCGCACUCACGCGGGCAGUAACGCAAGCAGCACCUGCACCUGCACCUGCACCUGUCGAACCGGCAGCAGGCACGACAACAGGAGCAGCGGUUUUAACAAGGACGUCGAACAACGCAGAAGGGCAAGCACCUGCAGCACCUACAGAAGAACCCGCCGGACCUGCAGCAGCAGCAGUGGCAGCAGCAGCAGCAGCAGCCUUCGCAGAGUCCCUCACCGCUCCUCCUGCUGCUGCUGCUGUUGCUGCUGCUGACCCGGAUAAUGACGAGGAGUCCGCGGGGUGCGGCUGUGGCAGCAGCGGAGUCUCAACAGCCGUUACCUCCCACUCAUCAUCACCACCAUCAGCUCCAGCACCAUCACCAUCACCAGCGGCCGCAUGUGCAGCAGCAGGGGGUACCGCCGGUGGCAGCUCCGCCGCCUGCGGUGCCUCGCUGGGCCCGGUGGCCCCGCGGGAGGUGUGGCUGCCGCGCCUGCGGGCGCUGCUGACGGCGCACCCGCACGCGUGCGUGGGGGAGUUCGGGCUGGACCGGGCGGCAGUGGUGCCGGGGACACGACUGCAGCCCUCCUGGACCCACCAGCUAGCCCUCACCGAGCUCCACUUGCGCCUGGCAGCGGAGCUGAGUCGCCCCGCCUCUGUACACUGCGUGCAGGGUUACGGUGUGCUCCUGGAGAUGCUGCGGCGGCUGGGGCCGGAGGGCUGCCCACCCAAGAUCAUGUUGCACAGCUACGGUGGCAGUCUAGACAUGGUCAAGGGCUUCCUCAAGCUGCCGGGAGGGGUGGGCGAACGGAUAUACUUCAG